AUGUCUGGUCGCGGUAAGGGUGGGAAGGGCCUCGGGAAAGGAGGUGCUAAGCGCCACCGCAAGGUUCUGCGUGAUAACAUCCAGGGUAUUACCAAGCCGGCUAUCCGACGCCUAGCUCGGCGUGGCGGGGUGAAGCGCAUCUCCGGCCUCAUCUAUGAGGAGACCCGUGGGGUGCUAAAGGUGUUUCUGGAGAAUGUGAUCCGGGAUGCUGUUACGUACACUGAGCACGCCAAGCGCAAGACUGUCACUGCUAUGGACGUGGUCUACGCGCUCAAGCGCCAGGGACGCACUCUGUACGGCUUCGGCGUCCCCAAGCCCUCGUCAGCCUUUCCACCUACAGUGGCAAAUUCUCUGAAAACUCAGCUGCGUUGCCAGUUUUUACAGAGGUUUAGUGUAAGCUCGGGCUCAUCUAACCUAUGUCGACUGCGCUCGCACUCCCACGUCAAGGGCAAAGUAAUAAUACAGUAUAGCGAUAAUUGGCGCUGCUUGUGCAUGGCUCGCACGAAGCAGACCGCUCGCAAGUCCACAGGCGGCAAGGCGCCGCGCAAGCAGCUGGCCACUAAGGCGGCUCGCAAGAGCGCGCCGGCCACGGGCGGCGUGAAGAAGCCGCACCGCUACCGGCCCGGCACGGUGGCCCUGCGCGAGAUCCGCCGCUAUCAGAAGUCCACGGAGCUGCUGAUCCGUAAGCUACCGUUCCAGCGCCUGGUGCGCGAGAUCGCGCAGGACUUCAAGACCGACCUGCGCUUCCAGAGCUCGGCCGUGAUGGCGCUGCAGGAGGCGUGCGAGGCCUACCUGGUGGGUCUCUUCGAGGACACCAACUUCCAAAUAGUUUUCGGCAUGUCGGGUCGCGGCAAAGGUGGUAAGGGCCUUGGAAAAGGGGGCGCUAAGCGUCAUCGCAAAGUUCUGCGCGAUAACAUCCAGGGUAUCACGAAGCCCGCUAUUCGCCGUCUGGCCCGGCGUGGAGGUGUGAAGCGCAUUUCUGGUCUCAUCUACGAGGAGACGCGCGGGGUGCUGAAGGUGUUUCUGGAAAACGUAAUCCGGGACGCUGUCACCUACACAGAGCACGCCAAGCGCAAGACUGUUACCGCCAUGGACGUGGUCUACGCGCUCAAGCGCCAGGGACGCACUCUCUACGGCUUCGGCGGCUGA